AUGAGUCAAUCCACGUCAAGGAGACUCACUAGAGAAGAUAGUAGUCGAAAUGAGUUGUUGAAGCACGCCAGUUGUACAUUAGGAAGUGGUUCAUUGCGAGAAGCCGUCAAACUUCCGGCUGGGGAAGAUCUAAGCGAAUGGCUGGCCACUAACAGUAAGUACUCAACUGAUAUUGUUGUUUAUGGUUUAGUUGUCGACUUUUUUAAUCAGAUAAACCUAUUGUACGGGAUGGUUUCCGAGGACUGUACGAAUGAAUCAUGUCCUAAAAUGACAGCCGGAAACGGGGUUGAGUAUUACUGGUCGGACAAUGGAAGAACGCUGUCGUGCUCGGCACGGUAUUACAUUGACUACACGUUGAGUUACGUUCAAGAUGAGUUGGACGAUGAGAACACAUUUCCUUCACAAAUAGGUAGGACUUUUUUUGUUUGAACUAGUUAUUUGAAUUAAUAGAGACCUUAUAACUACUUAAAAUUUAUACCAAAAAAUGUAAACAUACAGGAGAGAAAUUGUGAAACUCCCCAUAUGAGCACACUAACAAAGUUGAAAGUUCGUAUAACAUAACGGACCAAAUUAAUAUUGUAGGCCGACCUUUUCCUUCAAACUUUUUCCAAAUUACCCAAACUAUAAUGAGACGACUGUUUCGUAUUUACGCCCACGUUUACCACGAACACUUCAACUACAUUCAGAAGCUUAAAGCAGUUGAACAUGUUAACACAAGCUUCAAGCAUUUCAUGUUAUUUGUACAGGAAUUCAAAAUGAUUUCACCCGAACAUACCGAGCCUUUACACGAGCUCAUCCAAGAAAUUGUACCUCAAAAGUAA